CUUGGGCCGACUGCUUCCUCCUGACCACCACCUCGACCUAUCGCCAGGCGAACGGCGGCAACACCGUGAUUCUUCAUAGCCUCAAGUUGUUGUACCUGUGCCGCGGAACGUGUUGCUCUGCCCACCAUAGUCCCCUAAUAAACGCAUUUUUCCUACGGAGUCACUUUCCUGGGGUUUGCAGAUCACUAAAGGCGGGACUAGGUAACGACCUCGAUAAUGCCCUCACCACCAAAACCCUGGGAGCGCGCAGGGGCCAGCGCGGCAACGGCGACUUUGUCCGCACCAAACCCCGCACCUGCGCCGGCGAACACUACCUCAACGACUACACCCUCCACCACCGCACCAAGCGUCCCCACUCGUCCAGCUGCUUUUUCUGGCGCAUCAUCGACGUUAGCAAACCCGACCGCCUAUGGUGCAUCCCCUUACUCUUCCUACAGCGCCUACAACCGCCCCGGUUCCUCCUACUCGCCUUACGGGAUGAAUAGCAUGUACGGAGGAGGUAUGGGCUAUGGCAUGGGUGGUAUGAGUGGGAUGGGCGGAAUGGGUGGGAUGGGCUAUGGCGGGUACUCUCCCUACGGCAUGGGUGGUUACGGCGGCGGUGGCAUGUACGGCGCACCCUUUCCCGGCGCAGAUCCCAACAACCCCUCCCUCACACAGACGCUCGAGGGUGCGACGCAGCACACGUUUGCGCUCUUGCAGAGCAUCGUGCAGACAUUCGGCGGCGUCGCCCAGAUGCUCGAGUCCACCUUCGUCGCGACGCACUCCAGCUUCUUCGCCAUGGUCGGCGUCGUGGACCAGAUCGGACAGCUGCGCACCGCGCUCGGGAGCGUGCUCGGCCUCUUCGGGCUCGUGCGCUGGCUUCGGGACAAGCUCACAGGGCGCACGCACGACCCGCUUCAUAGCGAGUUCAAGGACUUUGUCGCCGGCCGCGCUGUGCAGCCUCAGGGGGCACCUGCGCCUCGCGCGAGCAAGAAGCCUCUCAUCAUCUUCCUGCUUGCCGUCCUCGGCGUACCGUACCUUAUGCACCGGCUCGUGCGCUCACUUGUCGCACGCCAGCAGGCGCUCGCGGAGCAGCAGGGUGCGGGCCUGCCGCCGCUGGACCCGUCGCAGCUGACAUUCGCGCGGGCGCUCUAUCCCUUCGAAGCGGCCUCCCCUGCGGAGCUCGCGUUGCGCGAGAACGAGAUCGUCGCGAUCAUGGGCAAGCUCGAUCCUGUUACGGGCGCGGAAGUCGAUCCGCGGUUGGAGGUGGAGGGCAGCGAGUGGUGGAAGGGUCGGACGCGCGAGGGGCGGGAAGGCUGGUUCCCGAAGAAGUUCGCCCAGGUGCUCGAGCGCCGGAAAGCUAUCGACGCACCAGCAGCCGAGCCGAAACCGGUCGAAUGAAGCGCGGGGAACAGUCCGUCGUGCGUUUGUUCUCGUUCUCUGGAUAUACUCAUUUACUCGUCGAUAUCCUCACAUUCUGCUAUGUUGUACCUUUACUCACCGUUUGGUUCUAGUCGUUAUUGGCGUAUCUCU